GAGAGAGCGCGCUUAUAUUUCCUUGACAACGGUCUGUGUGAUGUUAUUGCAUAUGUCUGCCUUGAGUAGGUUGUAAUUCAAUACAUUGUACAGUAUAAUGCUUAUGAAAUGAUAAAUACAGUGCAAACUACCUUUUGUAAAUCUUUCUAAUGUUAAUGAUUAUGGUUAUAUCCAAAGGCAUCCCGAAUUAACAGGUUAUCUUCAACAAAUGUCGAACGGUAUCUUCUAUCGUUUUUUCCAUUUGGUUUUGAUCCCCUUAGUGUGUAGUUUUCCUCAAGAGAUUUAUUGUCAGAACACUGCGCAACACGAUCCAAUAAAUUCAUCGGUUUCACCUGCAUCGGCAGCGCUGAGUGCCACAUUCACAGAUGACAGUGCUGUUCUUUCCACCGAUGCUACCAUAGAGCUCACAAGUCCAGCGGGUGAGGAACAGGAUGCAUUUAUGUCAAAAAAAAAAGCGACGAAUUCUGAAAGCACAACACAGAGUAUAAUUGAUCAGACUCCAAAGAGCACUGAUCUGACCCAGUACCCCUUAGCUUUUACUGAUAAGGCACCUACAAUCACAAACCAGUUAGGAUUAACAACAACAGAAGUGUCCAAUGAAUUGAGGGCAGAAAUUAACUCAACAGAUUCAACAAACUUAACGGACUCAUCUGCCACUGCAACUCUAAAUAAUGGCACAUUCAUAGCUGGUAGUGACGUUCUGCCUACUCAUGCCACCACAGAGCCCACCACAAUCCAUCAGAACGGCUGCCUGUGUGAUGUCACACCUGACUUCUGUGACAUUGGAUGCUGUUGUGAUGUCAUGGACUGUGGAUUAAUGAACCUCAGCUCUGUGUUUAACAGCUGCAGCCUGGAUGUGGGGUCUGGCAUCUGUCUUGAGAACUGGCUGGUGUUCAGAGCACAAAUUGAUCCAGCACUCGUUACUCUGACUGGAAACCUAUUUUGUGUUCAGAGAGAAAAGGAAAAGCAGUCAGCUGCUCAGGCUUCCCCUGUUCAUUUUCAACCAAAGUCCCUCUAUCCAUUCUUACUGAGAGAGCUUACAGCCUUCAACAAUCAAAAAAACAACUUUUACAAGGUUGAUGACAUCAUUCUGACCUACUAUGGCCGUACAUCCAUGGUGAGCACACUUAGACAGCCAUCACCAGGUCCGACAUCAUCUGCCUGCAUCAACCACAAUCCUGCAAGGUUCUUGCGUUCGAGUUCUUUAUCUUGCUCUCGUGCUGUGACAGCAUGCUCAUGUGUGGAUGACAGCAGUUUAAAUGCUCUCACUUAUUACACAGGCUUCAGUUUACUGAGGUCUCCCAGUACUCAGGUGGAGAACAUGCCGGAGCUGGUUAUCCCAAUUUCUAUGGUGAGUGACUGGCCUGAGCCUCGUCAUCAAAAUGGCUCAUGUCUGAAUGUGGUAUCAAAGGUAGAGUAUGUGAUCAAGUACACAAGCAAAGGGGAGAUUGCAGAAGCUACACUGAACAUAGAACUGAUGAACACAACUGCAGAUACACAACUACUUCAAAAGCAUGUGGUUAUUUUUCAGUUGGACAGACCUACACCUCCCAUGCCCACACUAACACCUCCCUCACCUCCAGAGGGCCUGAAACUGGAAUCAUCACUGGUUGGCUGGUUUGGUGAAAAUGCACAAGCUUUGACAGUUCUGGGGUUAUCUGAGGAUGGAGGAUGUUCUGCCAGUCUCGCUAAUCGCCCCCCUGUUCUUUUCAGACAAAACACUGUUACUGGCUGCACCUUCAGGUCUUUGUCCAGUGCAUGUGGAGUAUUACGGGCUGAGCUUUUGAGUGUUUUAGCAGGGGCUGCAGUGCCUGAACUGAUCAGUAUGACUGCAGGCUCUCAGACAAAGCAGAGUCGUGUCAUUUCACAAGACUGCUCCACAUCAGCUUUAGAAGCGUGUGAGACGGGCUGUCUCUUGCCCGUGUCUUUAUCAGUGCAGGUGCUCUGGGCUCAGAGGGGACUCAGUGCCCUGCCACAGAACCACAUCUUGGGGGCCAAAUUCAUCUUUGGUUGUCAGAAAUUCAAGUGUCCUCUCCGGUCUUCCAUCCCAGUGACCACUGAGGUGAUAUUCUCUGAUGCUACAGUUUACCCAGAAGCCCCGUGGGGGGAGCUUCAACCUGAAUGGAAGUUUCCAUAUCCUUUUUUUCCCAGAGCUGGACAGUUUGCUCAAGAUUAAAUAAAUUUUAGUACCAGCUAAUGAUGGAAAACUUUCUCAAGACAUUAUGACAAGAGGUAGUGUGUAAUUUCUCUAGUACUAAAAGCACAAAAGAGAACUGAAAAAAAAAAAAAAAAAAAAAAAAAAAAAAGUAGCACAUGAUCUCCUCGGACAUCCGUAUGUUUGGAAACAAUUUUUAAAAUUUGUUUUAU